GGACCAAUCAUAUGAGAGCAUUAUACGAAGCUGUCCAAUGGGAGCACUGGCGGGGCUCUAUUUGAAGCUGAGGGCGGAGCGCUAGCGUAAUAGUGUAGUAGCUGCAUCAGGAGGCGGAAGGGUUGUAGGGGUAGUUCUCACUCCUCGCUCUUACAGCCCGACCGUCUCCAGUCAAGAGCUGCCGUCCUCAUGGCGCUGGUCCGGCGCGCUGCGAUUACUAGAGGGGUGGAGAAUGCUAUGACAGGACUUAACAACAAAGCCAAAAGUCAAGUAACUAACAAAAGGGCUGCUUUGGAAGAGAUUGGGAACAGAGUUACAACCAGAGGAACACAUGCAGCCAAGAAAACAGAGAGCUUCAAAGUACCUGUAAAAACUACAAAAGGAGCUACUAAACCAGCAAAUGUAACUGCACCUAAACCUUCAGCUGCACUGAUAACUCUCAAAGAAGAGACUGUUCCAAAGAUUCGGUCUCCAACCCCUAUGGAUGUAUCCAUGAAAGAAGAGGACCUAUGCCAAGCUUUCUCUGAUGUGCUGCUUAACAACAUAGAGGAUAUUGAUGCUGAUGAUUGGGAAAAUCCUCAACUCUGUAGUGACUAUGUAAAGGAUAUUUAUCUGUAUCUGAGGCAGCUUGAGCUGCAGCAAUCAGUACGUCCACACUACCUCAAUGGGAAGGAGAUCAAUGGGCGUAUGCGUGCAAUUCUAGUUGAUUGGCUGGUUCAGGUCCACUCAAGGUUUCAGCUCUUGCAGGAAACACUGUAUAUGUGUGUUGCAAUUAUGGACCGCUUCUUACAAAUUCACCCAGUAUCCCGUAAGAAGCUUCAGCUGGCUGGUGUUACAGCAUUGCUUCUUGCCUCAAAGUACGAGGAGAUAUUCUCCCCUGAUAUUGCGGAUUUUGUUUACAUCACUGACAAUGCGUACUCUAGCUCUCAGAUCAGAGAGAUGGAAAUGAUGAUUCUUAAGGAGUUGAAUUUUGACUUGGGACGCCCUCUACCACUUCACUUCUUAAGGAGAGCGUCAAAAGCUGGUGAGGCUGAUGCUGAGCAACAUACACUAGCAAAGUACCUGAUGGAGCUGACACUUAUAGACUAUGAUAUGAUACACCAUCAUCCUUCAGAGAUAGCAGCUGCUGCCCUAUGCUUGUCUCAAAAGGUUCUGGGGCAAGGCGAAUGGGGUGUAAAGCAGCACUACUACACUGGGUAUACAGAAGACAAUCUUAUGCUAAUUAUGCAACAUAUGGCCAAGAAUGUAGUAAGAGUAAAUGAGAACUUAACAAAAUACACUGCCAUAAGGAACAAGUAUGCAAGCAGCAAACUCAUGAGGAUCAGCACAAUUCCUCAACUGAACUCCAAAACAGUAAAAGAUCUUGCUUCAUCUCUCUUGGGAUAAUCCUAGGUAGACCAUUCCUACUCCAUGCACUUUGUCAAUAUGAGCCUAACUGAGGCACAACUGCUGCUUUUGUACAUAGCCAUCAAUCUUAGUACAGACACCUCAGAUUCCCUCUGAAAGCAAACUUUUAAACUUGCCCUCUAAUACUCUCGUAUAUCUAGAAAUAAAGCUCCUUUUUUAAAAAAAAA